GCAUCUGACCGCUGUACCACCAGCCGCCGCCGCCGCCGCCGUAGCCGCAGCCGUAGCUACCGCCGUCGUAGCGCGUCGCGUAAACUCUCGUCCAAGUGUGUCUUUGAUCACGCCGAACGAGAAGGACGCGUCGACAGGUUGACCUGACUCAUCCCGUUGACAGGUCGCAGGUAGUUACUGUUAUUGGCGCUCUCUAACGUCGUCAUCGGCCGAUUUGACAUGCUGCGUCGUGACAGAUCGGCGCUAAUCAUCGCACGUGUUAUUUAGGAUGACGUGAUUAUCUAACAAAUAAGAUACGACGGCGAAAAGUGGUAAAUUGGUGUAGUGACCUGGCUGAGCUAGUCGAAAUCGUGACCAUUGACGAUGUUGACGAGAUAGUGUUUGUUGAUGAGUUCAUCAGAAAGAGUGCUCUUAUCUCUGGCACAUCAAUGACACUUGUAAAACUGCCGCAAAGACUUUUUGUUGAUCCGAGUAGAUUUGAAGUAGGUGCAUGUCGUUGGUAAAGACAAUUCGGAUCGAACUUCAGUCAGGACGAUUGACUGUUUGAGUCAGUGAUAGCAGUGCCGGCACUUCACGUGCUUUACGACUAAUGUUUUGACAGUCAUCUGACAGAAGCAGUACGACCAAGAGACUUAUUAUAAAGAUACGUUUGUGAUGAGGCUAAAGAUUGUUUCUGCAAAUAACAACGACGGUCAGAGCUCAGGUAUUUUACGCGGGGGACAAAUCGUGCAUUGGAUAGUUACAUCUUAAACUGGAGUACAUCGCUACCGCAAGAACGUGUACGUGACUGUGAGACUCCUGAAUGAGUGUAGUGCAUUCUUAAAAGUACUGUGUUUUCAAGAACUCGAAGACAUUGAUUGGAUCUCAUAUGGAAGCGAGAGAAAUCAUGUUAACUAGUACGCAGUGAAUGUCGCAAGGUGCUAAGACCAUUAGAAGCAGCUGUGGAUAUUUUUUGAUAAAUUGAUUGAAUCAAAUCCAAGUAUAACACUUCUAGGCGGUAUUCCAUCCUCAAAGCAUUCUGCGAGCGAUGAUAGUCGACGCAAGCCGUUAAGUUAGCAGCAAACGAUCUCCCACUGCGUGGAACGGCGCGAUCCUUCGUCGAGAGCAGAAACCAGCAGGUGACCACGUUGGAUCUCGCAGCGUUGACUGCCUACGGGGGCGUUUCGGGACCCAGGGUCGCGGUGGCGGGCACCGGGGUCCUUGCGCUGCCCCGCUUGAUACCCGACAAGGGUUUAUCAUCGCCCGGAGGCCAGUCGAAGUCAAAGUCCGCAGGGCUGGCGGGUCUCGACAGCGAGGCGGUGCGCCGGUGGGUCGCGGAGGCCACGCGAACCGUCCGGCAGUUGCCGCAUGCGGUGGUAGUGCCUGUAAGUUCUCCGCAACACCAGCAGCAACAGCAGCAGCAACAACAUCAUCGACAGCCACAGCAGCAGCAUCAGCACCAUCAUCAUACUACGCACAGGCAACGUCAGGAACCCAGCCCACCAUCGGUGGGACUCUCUUCCUUCGUUCUACCAAUAUCGAUGACGCAAACUCCCAGUAUGCGUCUGCUGGAGAACAACAACUUGGUCGAAGUUGCCAUGGCCCAGCAGCAACAACAACAACAACAGUCCCAGCAGUCGACACAGAAACAGAAACAGACGAGUCCCACAAAUAACAACACAAUAGAAGCCUGGAGAUCGAUUCAAGGCGGUCAUCAGUGGUGGAGUCCGCCCAGUAGUAUUCAGCAGGAACAGCAACAGCAGCAGCAGCAGCAACAACAAGUACCGUCGAUCGCACAGGUUUCUCAACCGCAGAAGCAUCAGCCGCAAGUGCAAUCGGAAAUCGAUCAGCCGCUCGACUUCUCUGUCGGUUCCCUGCAGCAGCAGAAGCUGCAUUCGCGCGUGAGGACUAUGCACGAGAGACUUCAAGGUAGGAUGCAUGAUAACAACAACGGAACGAGCGGCCAGAAGAUCCUCAGAGGAGACGUCAGCAGGCGAAGCUAUAGCCCUAGUGAAGCUAGUUCCAGCAGCAGCGAAGACGAGGGUGUCUCUACCGGCGGCAGUCCUACGGGACCUCUUCGGGGUGCCUCGGAUUCGUGCGAACCCGUUGCGGAGCGACCUUACGCUAAAAUCUGGAUAGGCGACAAUGAUGUCUCGUGGCGAACGGACCAGUCUUUCAAGAGGACAUCACCCUUAAAUCCCUGUGCCACAACGACUACCACGACGACGACAAGCGGUGGGCCACUGACACAUCCCCACCUGUCGCCACCCGUAGCUGCCCCUGUUACCACCCCCGAUCACAGAAGCCCCAGUAGCAUGCACGCGAAGCUUGGCAUCUCACCCGGUAGCGACGCGCUUGGCCGAAUCGAUAAGGAGCCAGCCUCGCCGGAAUCCAUACAAGAUGCAGAUUUGCACGGCGACGUUGAUGGUCCUGAACUUAGCGGAGAUGAUAGGAGUAUUGCAAGUGACAUCCAAGAUGUCACCGAGCCACAUCUUGAUAAUGACUCCAUGGACUCGGACAGGGAAGCUCUUAAUCUGGUCACGGAUGUCUCGCAACGCAACAGCAGCAGCGGCACCAGCGGCAGCGCGUCCUCGCCGAGUUCCGGCAUCAGCAGCCAGCUCACGGGCAGUCACCAGCAGCAACACACGUCCGGCCAACAAAACAAUAGCAAUUCGCAGGCCGCGCUGGCGACCGCUCAAUUGCUCAGCCAGCAAUUGCUGAUGCACGGUGCAUUAGGGACCCAGGAUAUCCAAGCGAUCGCCUCGACGCUGCAGCAACAUCAACUGCAAUCACUACAGCAGCAGCUACAGCAAUUCGCCAUGUUUCAGGCCAAUCCGGCGGCGGGACAGAUUCCGCCGUUCUUCCUACAAAAUCAGGGGCUGUUGCAGAGCGGUGGCUACCCGACAAGACCGAGUCAUCCGCGCUCACAGUCCAUGCAGGUGCAAGCGGCAGCGCAAUUACUACAGAAACAGCAGGCUCUUCAGAGUAGCGGCAAUUUAGUUGGACGAAAUUUGGCGCAGAGAUCAUCACCACCACCUAGCACACCACCAGCAGUAAAACCGACAAGAUUAGAACCUUCACCGGAGGAAACAACGGACCUCGAAGAGCUAGAACAAUUCGCCAAAACGUUCAAACAAAGACGGAUCAAGCUUGGUUUUACUCAAGGCGACGUCGGACUCGCUAUGGGCAAACUUUAUGGCAACGAUUUUUCCCAAACCACGAUUUCCAGGUUCGAGGCACUGAAUCUUUCCUUCAAAAACAUGUGCAAACUGAAACCGCUGUUACAAAAGUGGCUCGAGGAUGCCGAUAAUUCAUUGAACAAUCCUAACUCUCUGUCGAAUCCACUUACGACACCGGAAGCGAUUGGCAGGCGGCGGAAGAAGAGAACGUCGAUAGAGACCAGCGUGAGAGUGGCCCUCGAAAAAGCUUUUAUUCAAAACCCAAAGCCCACGUCCGAGGAGAUAACCAUACUGGCAGAUAGCCUUGCGAUGGAGAAAGAAGUGGUUCGUGUGUGGUUUUGUAACAGGAGGCAAAAAGAAAAAAGGAUCAAUCCACCAACGGCUGCGAUGGGCAGUCCAACCAUGGCGUCGCCUGCACCUUCGGUGUUCGCUUCCCUCGCCAAUUCCAUUUCUGGUAGUCCUCUAGCGCUUACGACGCAUUCCUCCAAUGCGGGCCACUCGCAUCCUCAUCCAGCGUCCAUACCUCUCGCUUUAGUAACUUCGUCAGGCAAUUAUCAUCCACUAAACAACAAGUCCCACGAGUGACACCAGCAAGUGACCCAUCAAGGGGACACUCUCUAUCAUCAGCAUCAUCAGCAAUCGCACCAACAACAGCAGCACCAUCAUCAGCAACAAGCACGACGCUUGUGCAAUCUACCGGAAUUCUAUCAUUAGCCGAUGAUUUGAUUUUUUUUGACGCUAUUAACCAAGGUAACAUUCGGAGUACAUUGGAUCUCGAUGAUCUACAAACGAACUUUUAUAUUCUUUAUUUAUCAGCAUUGAGUUAAUUUAUCCAUUCUUGAUUUCCCCUUCAAUUUCCAGUUUAUAUUUUAAUAUUUUGACUGUGAAAAGAAAAUCAAGAAUAGACAAGUUAACUCGUUGCAUCUAGCAACCAGCAUCAUUGAUGAUGCUAUCAAAUGGAAUUCGAUAGUAGCGUGUAAGAAAUAAGGAAUUCACGAAGAGAUCACAAAGAGAAUCCAAAAGAAGACAGUCGACUAAUCAAUUUUAUAGAUAACUAAUUGACGAGUGAUUGAACGAGAAAGUGUAAAUGAAAUGAUAUAUUAUGAAUGUGACAAAUCUAAAUCCAUGUUGAUCAUUAAAUCAUCCGCAGUUGUUAUAAACAUUUAAAGGGUAUACGAAGACACGCUGCGUAUUAUAGCAUGAAUAUUAAUGUGCACUUUUAAGUAUACGGAGAACUAAUAACUAAUUCGGUUGAAUGCAUUAGCGUGCACUAGUGCAUAUUAAAGACUGUUGUAUAAAAAUUAAUUAAAGACAUUAAGCAUAGUACAUACAUAAACGGUUAAAUGUUCAGCAUAAGUUGUUACAUAUUUUUUAGUAUGUCGUAUGUUGCACAUUUCAUCAAUUGAAUGCGUUUAUGUUUAUUACGCUUACGCAUCGAAAAAAAUAAUAUAUAACAUACUUUUUAAUUUGUAAUAGUGCAAAUUAAUAUAUCCAACUGCGCACAAAUUCGUUAUAAGAUUCUUUUAUCUGUAUAUGAGGCAAUUGUGAGAGAUUAUUAUUAAUAUUAGGACAAUUUUUUUAAACGGACUAGUUUUAAUGCUAUGUAAUGUUAUAUGCUUCAAAGAGCGUAUAAGAUGAAACAUGUUGAAAUAUAUCGGUUUUCUUUCUCAUUUGGAAACCAUUCAAUGAUAAACAAAAAUUACAUUUAUCCGCAAACAGAACGGACUGACUUUAAUGCUUAUAGAUCAUACGUUGGCAAUAAUAGGAAAAGUUUGACGAUUCUUAAUUGCAACGUGAUUGGUGUUUAUAAAAAUAUGUCAAAUUGUGUUUUACACAUUUAUAUGAAUAUUUAUAUAAACAUAUUUAUAUGAACAUUCUUUCUCAUAAAUACCGAAUGUAUAAUUUUAUAUAAUAUUUACAGGAUUAUUUCUGAUAUAUUUCAAUUACGUUUCAAAAGGUGAUAAAUUGAUGACUUUCAAUUAUCGGCUGUUCUUUUUUUUUUUUGCUAUAUUUGCUCGCAUUAAUUUACGGAAAUUAGUCAUCGCGAGAAAAUGCUUAUGACUUAUUAUAUUUAACGGGUUCAUUAAUCAAUUUGAUUAUCGAUACCGAAAAUUAUUAUCAACGAACGAGUUAUCGAUUACUGUAACUUCAUUAAAAGCUAUUCAUUGACAUAGAUGUCUAAACGAUUCAGAGCGCAAUAAAUCAUGUAGAAAAAUUACUUUACUCGUUUUUUUUCUUUUCUUGUUAAUAAUUUUUUAUUUAUUCGAUGGCGCCUUUGCUUCCCCGUGACAAACUGAGUUGUGGCGUCUCAAUGAUAAAAUAGCGAGAUCCGACAAUACAAUUGUACAUAUAUAAAUAUAUAUACGUAGGCGUGUCUGUCAUCGUAUCGUACAUAUCUGUGUCACAGGGCUGUAUAUAUUAUACGAUUUAAGGCCACCGAAUAUUACCGAGGAUGCGACGCAAGAUAUGUUCGCGUGCGGUACCGAUCUUCCGCGCGUGUAGCAAUGUUGAGUACUUGCAUCCUUGAUGAAAAGAUUUUCGACAGUCAUGAGCGGUUAAUUAGCGGUAGCUAGUAAUACUGUAGAUAACGCGGUACCUAGGUAAUACGUAAUGUAUAUAUGAUCACAUACAUUAAGUGGCGAGUUAUAUAUAAGCGUGCGUGCACUCGUACAUCGAGAUGAACGCAGUGGAGAUUCGGACGUUUCCGAGAUUUUAUGUUGUAUUUUUUUCGUUGAAAUACACAGCAGGAUACGUCACAUAUUUUUUAAUGCGAGUGUUUUAAUAUAUUUUAAUAUAUAUAUAUUUUUUUGUACAUACUCCCUUUCGGUAUAUAUUAGAUAGAACUUUUCGCACUCCGCUGUGACUCUCGAUUUGCGCUCGCUACGAUCGAUCCGUUUCCCGCGAACACUUUCGGUGAUUAAUUAAGGGCUAUGAUUUUAGAUUAUAGGCCAGGAAACGUGAUAUACCAACCACAUUACUUAUUCCUAAAACUCAUGCGUGUGUAUAGAUUCCAUUAUUCACGUGAAGAACUUGCGUAAAAAUGUAUACAUAUAAAUAUAUAUAUACGGUGAUCUUAUUGUAAUAUCAUGUAAGUUAUCGACUGUGCAUCAUAGUAUAUACAAAAUCUUUACGUGCAUCUGCGUAUACCAUAUGCAUAUAUACAUAUACAUAAAUGUAUAAACGGACGUUGUAUAUAGUAGGAUCUAAUAGGAGAUCGCGGAUAUAUAAUUAAGAACUUAGCGACGUGUACUAUUAUCAUCAUCAUUAUCACCAUGUCAUCAUUAUUAUCAUAUUAUUGCGAUCACGAUGUAGUCACAAUACACAUGCUACUGUUGUUAAUGUCGCUUGUCGUGUAAAUUACCAUGCGACUUUGUAUCUGACAGUGUUUUACUUUUCUAUAACUGUAUGUAAUUACACGAGGGAAGCGCGUGUAUGCUGUCAUCACAUGAUUCCAUCAUUUUGCACGUUGCCACCGUACUGUUGCGUUGCGCUACAAAAUAAUUCGAAACGUAACAACGGUAUUUUGAUAAGGCAAACUUUAAAAUACAUAGUUUCCUUCUAAAUUGUUAUUUCGACAAGCUCGAUCACGGAAGGUUAAUACAAACGCGUUAGAAAAUUCCUUUACAACGUUGAGUUGAGUCGAACUGUUAGAUCACGCACGAGCAACAUCCGACAGCCCUCCUUUCGUCUCAUUUCAUACUUCAUCUCAUUUCUAUCCUUAAACCUGAACUCCCAGAGUCGUGGACCAAGCUGUAGCGAAAACACAUUGUCGACAAAAACACGUGCACGGACAGGGGCGAAUUAUACUAAGAUAAAAGGAGAAACGCGAAUAAAAAAAAGAGUUCCUAAGGCCGCACAUCCGUUGGCAGGUGCGCGGACGACGAUGAGUGAAAAGAGGACAGGGAGGUAGAGAAUACGAUAGCUCAGAAAGAAAUUGGAGAGAGGAGACAGUUAAGCAAAAAGAGAAUCAUAAAGGCGGGGAGAAGGUUAUCGAUUUUUUAUUUUCGUCAACAGUUUAUAGACAAUUAAUACGAUAAUGACAUAGAGAAUACGAUCCCCCACUCCUCUCCUCGCUACGGCAUCAUCGUCGGCUGAUUACUCGUUCGAUAUGUUGUAAUGCGUUUGAUAGGCAUAAUGCGCAAAAUGGAUAGACAUUUUAUUGUAUUAGUUACAUCCAUCAAUAAUUAUUAUUAGUUAUUAUUAUUUCAUUAUAUUUUAACUUUUAUUAUUUGAGAAUAAAAGUGCUAGAGAGCUUUCAGUUACAGCGGCAUUUUCUUUUUGUUUGAUUUUCUGUAGUUCCUCACUCCCCCAUUCCUUUCAAGUUACAAUUUUAGUUCGUAUUCCUGUAGAAAGAAAAUUAUAUUGAGAGAUAUUAUGGAUUACACGUUUGAUGGCAAAUUUAUAUAUCUCAGUUUUGAGAAUUGUUCCUUUUUUUAUUGUUACAAUUGUGAUGUCGCGUUAGAGAAAUGUAUUUUUCUCCUACCGUCCUGUCAUUUUCAUCUGUGUGUGUAUAUAUUAUAUCUGUAUAUACAAUCUAGUAGUGAAUAAAUAAUACUCGAUUCACCAUAUAUACGUGCGUUAGAGCCAAUUUAUGAUUAGACGGGAUAAGAAGCAGGAUUAAAAAUACAGGACAUGUGAUGAAGCAAAUUCUUGAUUCUAAAUUAAUAUUCAAACAUUUUCGACAAUGUCAACAAUCAUAAAAUUAUAAAUAUGUAAAUGGGUGGAAUUUAUUUCGUCAGUUUGUGAAUUAUCCAAACAACAUAAUACUAAAUUAACUCUAUACAGAGUAAUUUUUUACGAAGUACACACAUUCAGUUUAGACCAAAAAUGAUACGAUGUCUUGCUUUUUAUUUCCAUCUGCGUCAUAAUUGGCUUAAGGUGAUUCUAGAUGUUCAGUAAUUAGGAGAAAACGAAGCUACAAAGCUCUGGGUAUACCAAUUAGUCGACUACUUGUAGAAGAAUUUAUACUUUCGACGCAAGACGCGCGAUUGGACACUUUAAAUUAUGACCGUAACUGAUGCCAAAUUUCGAAAAUUUGAACUAAAACAUUAAUCUUAAGAAACAUAA